AUGGUAGUAGACAUGUCGAUGUCGGAAUUAAGAAAAUGGCCGAAGCUGCAGUAGAGAGAGCAAAUGAAAGAUUUUACUGCCAUGAGUGCAACAGAGAAGUUUCUCUUAACUUACCAGACUUUACUUGUUCACAGUGUCAGGGAGAAUUUAUUGAACAGUUAAGUGACAGUGCUGAAGAAGAAGAAAAUUUCAUUGAAGUUGAAAGAGACCCAGCUGUGCGGUUUGCAGAGUUGGUUCAGAGAGGUUUGUUAGGACUGACGCCGGGUAACUCAGAUGAGGGAGGAAGAAGAAGACCUCGAAGACCAAGAACAAGAAUAAGCAUACGAACCAAUCAGCGACCAGGAGAGAGAGAUGCAGCAAAUGCUGCUGCAAUUGAUGUAAUUCUUCAAAAUCUUUUUGGUGGCUUAGGACCUCCAGGUGGCUCAAGUGAGGAUGGUGCAGGACCCUCUGGAAAUGUAGCAUUUCCUUUUAAUUUGCUGCGUCUCCAUGGGAACCCUGCAGAUUAUGUCUGGGGUACAGAGGGGUUAGAUACUAUAAUAACACAGCUUUUAAAUCAAAUGGAAGGUGCUGGACCUCCCCCUGCAGAUGCUGAUAAAAUAGAAGCCCUUCCAAAAGUAAAAAUCUCACAAGAAUUAGUAGCUGCUUCUGCUGAUUGUGCAGUUUGCCAAGACAAGUUGGCAUUAGGUGAAGAAGUUAGACAAUUACCCUGUAGGCAUUUAUUCCACUUUGACUGUAUAAAACCUUGGUUAAAAAUGCAUGAUUCUUGCCCUGUUUGCCGCCUGAGUCUCAGUAACACCCAGACAAGAGGGUCAUGAAACCAUCAUUCAAGUACAUUGAUUUCCUAAAGAACACUAAAGCUGAUUUGUUCUGGAAACUGUAGAAAAACUUAAACUCUUUAGGUUGCAUAAAGAUCUAAGUUAUUGAGUGUGUUUCAUGAUAAAGGAAAAUGUGGGUUGCUGUGAAUAAUUAUUAGUUAUCAACAAUAUUGUACUUUAGAUUGAAAACUAUGUAAUUUUCAGUGGAGAUAUUUCUUUGAUUAUCACAAUUUCUGCUUUUGUUUGUAACUGAGUGUAAAUAAAGAAAAGAAAAUUAGUGAUUAGAAAUAACUUCUGGUAUCUCUGAAAAUAGCACUAUGUAUAAUGUACAUUGUCUUUUUUGAUAUUGACCUUCUAAAACAUGUAAGAAUAUAAGUUUGUUGUUUCAGAUGUUCCUUACAGAAGGCAAGCUGUUUGGCAGAAAAGCUUUUUUCAGUUUGGCCUCAACAUUUAAAUAUUUUCUCUCCAAGGAAGUUAUGGCGUGACUUAGAUCCAUCAAAAUAAUUAUACUGCUUGUAAAAUCAGCACUUGUUGAAACAAAAUGAUUACAAGAACUUUCUAUCCCUGUAGUUAUUGUGUUAAACAAGGGUUAUUUUUUACAAUUCAUUUUUAAGUACUACAAGUAUAUUACAAUUUAUUAACACUUUCGACAAAUUCUGGAGAACAAACAUUGCAGUUUGGUGCUCCAAGAAGUUAAUUACUUGCUACGGAAAUGUUGUGUUAAAGUCAGACAGGAUUGAAAGGCUUACUAGUUUAAAUAUAAUUAUAAAAUCAUUAUACAACCCUAGUGAGUUGACUACUGUCUGAUAAGAUUGGUUUGUAAAAGUGGGUAUAUAGCACUAAUGUGCUUGAGUGAAACAUACACAUGGCCCUUAAGACAUUAGUCCAGCAUGGUAUGGCUGCAUAACACUUCAAAUGUUUGGAGAAAGAAGGAAGCAAAUGAUUUAUUGGAGAAAUGCCUUUUUUUGCAGCUACUCAGAAGAGAAAGAAGUAAUGUUCCCAGUGACCUCAAUUUAUUAUGAGUUAUUUAUCAAAUAUUCAUCACCAUUCUCUUGGCUUUGGUAAAUAAAAAUUGACUCCAGAUUUUCGUUUUGUUGAGCUGUUUCAACUUAGUCUUUGGCUUCCACCACUAACAAAUUCCCUUAACAAGGAGUGUUCCUCAAAUUUCAGAAACCUAAAGUUGCGUGGAGUUACACUGUUGGACAUAAUGUUGGCACCUUGGUGGAAGCAUGAAAAAAAAACAAAAAAACUGUUUUAAUUUCCCACUUAACAUAUUCGCUUAAUAAGGACACCUGGGUAUUGUGGAGAGUAGCUUUGGUCUUUCCCUCAUAACACACUUUAUU